GUCAGCCGCCAUCAAAAUGUGAAAAUUGACUUUGCCACCAGUUCUCGAGUUGAAAAAUUAAUCAAUAUAAGCAAAAUUAAAAGAAAAUGUCUGCUUUUCUAAGACUUUUUAGUCUACCAUCAUUUAUUGGCUUGUCUGGAUAUGGAUGUUAUGUAAUUGCCAGAAAUACUAUAUUUCUUGGACGGGAGAACCUACAGCUGUGUGAUAAACAUGGUCAACCAGUAGAAAUGUCAACUGAACUGCAGAAUAUAGAAAAAGAGAUUAUACUCAAAUUGGAUUGGGAAGUGAAUUUGUUAGCAAAUUUCCGAUUAUUAAUGAGCCGAGAGAUUGAGAUGUGUCAUAGAGGUUUGAUAAAUGGCAAAGGUGGUGCUAUAAUUGGAAUACCACAGACAUUUCUUUGUCAUAAAGUCAGUGAUAUUUCAUGUUGGGAUGAUAUUUGUAAAUGUUAUGACAUUACUGUUGAGAAAUCGUCUGAGAGUGCCAAAGAACUUGGUGAAGCAUUAAUCCUUAGUAACAAAGCUAAAAAAUUUGCUAUUGCUCGAGAGAUAUUUUUGGCCAAAAGUUAUCAUAAGUUUAUGCAGCCAUUUUUUAUGUUCUCGUCAGGAUUCCUCACAUAUACUGUGUGGUACUAUUUGGAAAAGCCAUUGAAAUCAAAAGCAUUAAUUAGAAAUUCUGUGCAUAUGAUUGGUAUUCUGUUGAUGGUAAAAUUGUACUUAGAAAUGAUGAUCAUUUAUACACGUAGACUAGAACGCAAAAUUGAUGUGCAAGCUUGUAAGCUGGAAGAAGAUUAUGCAGCAGGUGGAAUUGAAUUUUACAAUAAACUAAUUAAAAUUCAACAAGUUGUAAGUCUCCUACAGAAUGAAAAGGAACUAAGCACGAUAGAUCAAAUGUUAAGUAAAAUUUCAAGCUUUUCCAGAAGUCGUCAUUUAACAAUAGAGGACAGAAGAAAAACUGUUGAGGACUAUAUAAAAAAACUGACUGAAGAUCAGAAAUCAACACAAAGUUAGAAUAGUAUUUAAUUUUAGAAAUUCAUGAUUAAUGUGUUUUGUUUUGAAUGUUUUCCUUCUUUAGCCACUCAAUAUGCCUGUAUGUGUAUUGCAAAGAAAUUACAUUGUUACCUCUGAAAUUUAUGAUUUUAAUUUGAAAUUACAAAAUGUACUUACAAAAUCUA